CUCCGGUAAAAACAGCUUCAGCUUCUUCACUCCUUUCGGUGAUUAGCUGGUCGAUUUCCUAUUUUUUUAUUACAUAAUUUGAGUAAUUUUGCCGUUCCAAUACAACGCGAGACGGGUGCUUCUUAUCGCCAACAAUGCACGCUCGCCAUUUGUUCAGUGGCACGUCCAAAAGGAAUCAUGAUCUCUUGCAGGAGGUUGGUGUUAAGAUUUCGUGCCUCUCAUGUUUUUCUUUCUCAUUCCAGUUUGGUAACUUCCGAUCAGCCAUAUCCUUGUAAUGCUUGUAGAACGAACAGAGAAGUAACAAAUAGGUCAAACCUUAAGAGCAGAAAUUUCAUACGCCUCCUCAGGCUUUCCUUGAGAUUGAAUGACCACUUGCUAGGUAAACAGUUGCAUUGCUUGACUAUGAAAUUUGGAGUUGCUUAUGAUGUCUUUGUUGGCAGUGCUCUGUCAAACAUGUAUUCAAAAUGUCGUUUUGUUCGAGAGGCUCGUAAGGUGUUCGAUGAUAUGGCUUCAAAAGAUUUGGCGGUGUGGAACAUAAUGUUGUCUUGUUACUUAUUGAAUGAUUAUAAAAGAGAAGCUUUUAAUCUGUUUCAUUCGAUGAGGACUGAAGGCUUUAUAGGAGAUGGUUUUACGUUCAGUAGUUUGAUAAAUUUCUGUAGCCGAAUGAUUUGUUAUGAUUUAGGAAUUCAGACUCAUUGUUUGAUUAUAAAAUUAGCCCUUGAAUCUGAUUUAGUUGUUGGUAGUUCCUUGGUAGAUAUGUACGCCAAAUGUGCAGUCAUUAAGGAUGCUCGCCAUGUAUUUGAUAGAAUGGAUAAUAAGAAUGUUGUUUGUUGGAACACUAUAAUAGUUGGUUAUGGGAAGUGUGGCGAAGGCAAAGAAGCUCUAAUGCUUUUUAAUAAUAUGCUUCGAGGCAGGCUAAAACCAGAUGGAUUAACACUUGCGAGUAUUCUCAGCACUUGUGCUAAUUUAGCAUCUUCGAAUGAGGCUACACAAGUUCAUGGUUAUGUAGUAAAAAAUGGGUUUCAAGCAUAUUUGUCCAUUGGUAAUGCUCUUAUCAUAGCAUAUGCAAAGUGCGGCAGCAUCGACAAUUCUGCCCGAGCAUUUUCUUUGAUACCUACACCUGAUUGUGUGACUUGGUCUUCCAUGAUUUCUUCCUAUGCUCAUCAUGGAUUGGCAAUGGAAGCCAUUAAUAAGUUUGAGGUAAUGUUACAUGAUGGUAUAAAACCUAACAGAAUCACAUUUUUAGCAGUAAUCUCUGCCUGCAGUCAUGCUGGAUUUGUGGAUGCAGGAGUGCACUAUUUCAGUACUAUGAUUAAGAACUACCAAAUAAAACCAAGCUCGGAGCAUUUUGCAUGUCUAAUUGAUCUACUUAGCAGAGCAGGUUAUCUAGAUGAGGCUUCUGAUGUCCUAGCUAGCAUGCCAUUCGAACCUGAUGCGAGUGUUCUUGGAGCCUUAAUUGGUGCGUGCAAUGUCCAUCGCAAUGCUAAAUUGGCAGAAUGGGUUGCAGAAAAGCUCUUCUAUUUGGAGCCAAGGAAAUUAGUUAAUUAUGCUCUUUUGUCUAAUAUAUAUGUAACUGAAGGCCAUUGGGAAAACGUGUCAUAUCUGAGGAGGAGGAUGAAGCAAAUGUGCAGUCUCAAAAUACCUGGUUGUAGUUGGAUAGAGAUUGGUGGCAAAGUUCACACUUUCGUCUCCCAUGAUAGAAUACAUUUACAAGAUCAAGAAAUAUAUUGUAUGUUGGAUACAGUAAUUUGGUCAAUGAGAAAUAGAUAUUACAUUUGCGAUACAAUCACAGAUUAUAUUUGCGGGUGAUUAUACUGAAUUUUCUUACUUCUAUCCGGGCUCAUGUUCUGUAAGAUGUUGGCUUUUAUGAGACAGAUUUCCUGAUACAUCCUGCAGCCUUGUGCUACAUGACUAAACUUGGUGCUCCUCGGCGAGAUUUAAACUGGGAGCUAGAGAACCAGACAUUUGAUAUGUAUAAACUUGAAAGAAAAAAUGGGAAAGACCAAUUGGAGUUGCUAGGAAUGAAGAGCAAAUGUGUCAAAUGGACCACACAUUUAGCAGAGUCAAGUGGACUGGACAUUUGGCAUACGAGAAAAAGUCUAAAUGGGGCAGGUGGACUAGACAUUUGGCAAGAGCAAGAAGUCCUUAAAGACCGGAUAAUAAGCAGCUGUGACCAGUAAGUAAAUAUUCGAUCAAUUGGAAUUGUUUCAGAUAAGCGCAACAUGACAUAUGAAGAUGGCAAUUUGGAUCUGGCUGGGUAAAGCAUAUAAUAAAGAUGCAGGGUGAAUUUAGAUGCUGCUCUUAUAAUUUCUAGAGUAUAAGAAGAGAAGAGAAAAAGUAAGACUCAGUGGAUGCAUUUUCUGAAUAAGAAAUGAUAUUCUUAAGGAAAAAUCUCAAAGAAAACUCUUAAGGAUAG